CGGAAGACCAGUGCUCGCACCACGGUCGAUCGCAGCUAACUACGCGUUAAAAUCACCGAAAAAACACGCAUUUCCCUUCGAAAAUCGCACCAAAGACAAUAAAAUGAUACAUUCUGCCAAAAAAUCCGACUGUGAUCUUAGUUCGUAUGACUGACGAUGCCCAUGAAACUGAUAACAUGCAGUGUUGUGAUCGUGUUCGCAUUUGUUGGAAGUAUUGCAGCAUCUCCGUUAGAUCCUGUUCGACACUUGAGAGAUUUCAAUUUGAAUUCUUGGAUUCAGCAUUAUGAACCUGCGCAUUACCAUCCAAGUGCACUAGAAUCGCAACAUAAAAGAGCUCGUCGAAGUUCGGGAAGUGAUCGGCAUCUUCCGGUCAGACUCGAGAUCCGAGGACAUAAUCGGAUCUUCAAACUUCGGCUAUAUCCAGACGAAAAAGUGUUCGCGGACGAUAUUUCCUUUGAAUCCACGAACGGAAAUAUCGAUUUUGAUCCAGGAGUUGUUUACAGUGGCACGUUGGAAGACGAUGAAUCAUCUGAGGUCCACGGACUGAUAACGUCAGAGGGGUUGUUCGAGGGCACCAUAUCCACCCCUUCAGAAGAUUACCACAUCGAACCAGUUAGCAGAUACUUGCUCAAAGCGGCUGCAUCGGACCAGAAGGAACCAACUUUCCAUUCGAUCAUCUAUCGCGCCUCUGACGUCCAGGAUCCCACUAAAGGUCAACAGUUUCAUCACAGCGACCACCUCUUCCCGUCCAGAAGAAAACGCUGGCUGUUGGAAGCCGAGGCCAAACUGCCUUACGACGAGCCACCCUUAUUCUUCAACCCCUCCAACCGCACCAGACGGCCUUUCACCCCCAUCUUCGACCUGGGCCAACCCAUAGACGAGGAACUGGAGAUGACCAUCAACAGGACGCAAGUGGACGUUUCGGGACUCAUCUUCAGGAACGUCAACAAGAGAUCGGCCACGGUCGAUCCCAAGAAGACCACUUGCAUGCUGUAUCUUCAGGCGGACCAUCAGUUCUUCUCCAAGUAUGGCACUGAGGAGGCGUGCAUAGAGGUCAUGACUAGGCAUGUGCAGAGGGUCAACAUGAUCUACAGGAAUACAGAUUUCAAUCAGGACGGCAAAAACGACAACAUAACGUUCAUGGUGAAGAGGAUCAAAGUUCACACAUCAGACGCCCUGAAGGACCCCCUUUACAGGUUCCCCAGCAACUAUGGGGUCGAGAAGUUCCUGGAACUUUUCUCCGAGGAAGAUUACGAUGCGUUUUGCCUAGCAUACAUGUUCACAUAUCGAGAUUUUGAGAUGGGAACUUUGGGACUAGCUUGGACAGGCGAUUUGAAGAAUGCCGGGGGAGUGUGCGAAAAAAACGGGCAUUAUCGAGGUAGUAUGAAAUCGUUGAACACAGGGAUUGUGACGCUGUUGAAUUACGGAAAACACGUACCACCAGCAGUGUCGCAUGUUACUUUGGCACACGAAAUCGGACACAAUUUCGGUUCACCGCACGAUCCGGAACAGUGUUCGCCUGGCGGAGAAGACGGAAACUUCAUUAUGUUUGCGAGAGCGACAUCUGGCGACAAGAAAAACAACAACCAUUUCUCCCCAUGCAGCCUUAAAAGCAUCAACCCUGUGUUGAAUUUCAAAGCAAGAUCGACAAAGGGUUGCUUCACAGAGCCCAAAGGAGCGAUUUGUGGAAACGGAGUGGUAGAAGAAGGAGAAGAAUGCGACUGUGGCUGGGAAGAAGACUGCAGAGACCAAUGUUGCUUCCCCAUGAGAAGAUACGCCAGUGUAGAUGAACCUCCAUGUCACCUAACACCUAGAAGCAUUUGCAGUCCGUCGCAGGGGCCCUGCUGUACAUCCGAUUGCCAAGUGAAAUUCGGAGAUAAAUGCAGAGAUGACAACGGAUGUAGGGACGAAAGUUUUUGCAAUGGAAGGGACCCUCAGUGCCCACCUUCUAUCAACAAACCGAACAAAACCAUUUGCAACAAGGAAUUUGUUUGUUUUAUGGGAGAAUGUACCGGUUCUAUCUGUUUAGCUUACGGUUUGGAAUCUUGCCAAUGCAUACCCACAAAGACUGAUCCAAAAACGAAAGCUUGCGAGCUUUGCUGCAAGCUCCCAGGCGACAACCAACCUUGUCUGUCGUCGUUCGCAUGGAACGACAUGCCCUACGAUAUUCCGGAUAUGUAUUCGAAACCUGGAACGCCUUGCAACAAUUAUAUAGGUUACUGUGAUGUUUUCCAAAUGUGCCGUGAAGUGGAUCCAUCAGGACCACUUGCUACUCUCAGAAAGCUUCUUUUAUCCGAUGAAAGUAUAGCCAGUUUCAAGAAAUGGAUCAUAGAUUACUGGUAUGCGGUGGCAGCUAUAAUUGUUAUAGUUUUGUCAUUACUGGUACUCAGCACCAAAUACCUCGGCAAACGGCCCAAACUCAAACUCAAACCGCUAACCAUCCUGCACAAACCCGCCCCUGAGGCGAUCCGCCUACCCCCCGACUCGGAGGGGGUCACCGUCCACCCAGGGGUGCGUUCCAAACUGCCCCUCAAGCGGAAGGUGCGCGAAGGCAGGAUAAAGCGCAGGCGCAAGAGCAAAGUCGACGCGGCCGACAACAAUGUGGGCAGCCCCGGUAGGGCGAAGGGAUCGCCGAAGAAGAAGAAGAAGAGGGUUUCGGCGGCGGUGGGGGCGGAGGAAGCUCGGACCAAGCCGGUGGAUACGAAUGUGUUCGACGUGCCAAACAAGAAGCUAACCUCACUUUCACAAGGCCCAGCCAAAAAGAAGCAGAAGAAAAAGAAGAAAGAGACCAUAGACUACAGCAGCGUCCAAGCGGACCUAGACGCCGGCAAGAAAACUCUGGAGCUGGUCCACAACCCCAACACCCCGGACUCAGACCCAGUGGGCAAGGUCCAGAAUUGGCUGCUCAAGUCCCAAUAUCCCCUCCCCAAAUCGAAAUCCACCCCCGCGGGGCUGACGGACAAGACCAGGCGGAGCCCCCACAAGAGGCCUACGAUCCGACCUCGCACCGACAAGGGGAAGUCCCACAGCGUGGGAAACAUUCCCAGCGAAAAGGACAAAGUUCGUUUACAGGUGGUCUACAAGCCACCCUUCAAGUUCAGCCUCAAGCUGCGCAAGCCGGAUAAAACCAGCGUGGUGAUCGAGAGGGUAGCUGAAGUGCCGAAAAAACCGAGGACAGGGAUGCUAGUGCGCUCGGUGAAGGGUGAGAUUAGUGCCGGGGUGGAAACUAAGGGAGGUGCGGCUGCGCCGAAGGUCGAGCCGAUUCCAGACAUUGAUUCUAAUAUCCAUACCGUCCAGUCCGACUUGGAAGUGCUCCUGUCGGAAAGCGAGUUUUUGUUUUCUGACGACUGACGUAGUAUAGGCAGAUCGUUCCGGGACCACUGACAUAACUACUGUUUACAUCGCUGUUAGUCAUAUGAAAGCAACCCGAAAAUAUCAUCCAUGUGGGUUGCGUGCAUGGACUGUCAGAUGACCGACCCUGGAGGUGAAACAUCGAAACACAACCUCACUUUUCUUAUUUGUUUACAAAUGAUUGGAAUAGUUUUUCACAAUUAUUUUGGCAUUGAAAUCGUAUUUUUCGGCUAUUCAUUAAUUCGCGCAUGCCAUCACAUUGUGCUGUUGUACAAUGCACAAAAAACGCAGCGAAUGACGAAGGAAUCUGGUUGGUAGAUCAUGAUUUGGAGGUAAGUACCUACUAUAGUCACUUACAAAUAGUUUUCAUUUUGAAAUUUGGUGAUUGCUCUGAUUUCUCAUCGGAAUUCUUUUUGCAAUAGGAGCUGUUAGAAAUACUUGUCUGCGCUUUCUUAAAGAAUGCAAGAAGAUUGGAUUCAUGCAGUAUGGGAGGACUGGUCUGACAUGCUGACAAAAUAUGAUCCUGUGUGUUGUAUACAUUUUCAAUAUAUUUCUAUUGCAGAAGUGGCAGAAGGAAUUUUAAUAAGGAAUAACAGAAUUUCAUAAUGAAAACUAUGUGAGAUUACUAUUUACCUGAAAAAUCAUAUUCCUUCGUCUCUCGCUACAUUUUCAAUAUUCUACCUGCGUGCGAAAUCUGUCAUCAAAACACAACCUCACUCUUCUUAUUUGUUUACAAAGGAUUGGAAUAGUUUAUCACAAUCAUUUUGGCAGGCAUCAUAGGAAUCGUGUUUUUUUUUUUUCUAUUAAUUCAAGCAUGCCAUCACAUUGUGCUGUUAUACAAUGCACAAAAAAUGCAGCGAGAGACGAAGGAAUCCGAUUUUUCAGGUAGGAACAUUGUGAUUCAAAAGUACUAUUCACUCUCCUCAUUGGAAUUCCAAAAUAUUGUGAUAAACUAUUCAAAUCCUUUGAUUACUUUGUAAGCUAAUAAGAAAAUUGAGGUUGUUUUUGAAUGUCUUACAGAAAAGUGAGGUUGUGUUUCAAUGCUCUUCACCUCCAGGGUCAUUCAUUCAUUCAAACUGUCAUUCAUAUGAGGUGCGUUCGACUAUUUACUCUCAGUGUGAGGCAACUAAAUUAAGAUGAAAUAUACGUAUUUCCAACAUAUUUAUCAACGAAUCAUUGGAUAAUCACGUUGAAUUUAUGUUAUUAAAAUGUAUUCAUAUAACGUUAUCAUCAUAACUAGAUCGACAACGUUGGUAAAUUGACGAGAAACGCAUGUUUUACCCAUUGAAUGUUGAAUAAACGUUGAAUCAACGUAACCUGUCCCCAUGAGUUAAUCACUAUUUCAUGUAGUAAGUAUUCGAAUGGAGUUUUGAGAUAGUUUAUUGACAUCUGAAAUUGUCAUGAACAUUUGGGGUUUAUGUUUGUCAAAUUGCAAGUUUAGUCAGUUCUAUUCAUGAAAUGAUUCAUAAAGAGAUAGAUUUUAUAUUUCAGUUGCAAAUAAAUGAUGUUGAAUGUCAACUAUGAAUAUUGAAACUUUAUAUUGGGUUCUGUUAUACUGAUGAAGCAUAAUUGAAUGGACCUCAAAUCUUAACCUUUGUCGAUCUUAAGAAAACGUCAGUGUCACUUUCUGAAGAUUUUAUGACUUUUCUACAUUAAAAAUAUAAAUUGAAAAAAGUACUUAUAUCAAUUUUGAAUUCUUCAAGGACAUAAAAACAAUCAUAAAUUGACUCGUGGACCUAACCUAUACUUGAAACGAACAAAAAAACACUUCUUCGCCCUUAUUCGCCCUGUAAUGACUAAAUGUAAAAUCAAUGGGGUAAGAUAUACACAUCUAUUUUGUUGAGAUACAAAUACGGAUAAAUUGACAUAAAAAAGUCCAGUAUUUUUGAACGAGUAGAAUAUACAAAAUCUAACAAAUUUCGAACGCAAAUUAGUAAACUCUACUUCACAGAGUACGCAUUCGAACACACCCCAUGACAUGACGUCAUGUUUAUUGUUUUUCGAAAACAGGAGUUGUUAAGAUGAAUGACAGGUCCUGAAAGCGCAUGAAUCAUGGUCUCCAGGUCGAUUUCCUGAGUGGCAGAGCUUAUUUCUUAUGGCACUAGCGGUCUAGAUAGUAGUUUAUGUCAGAGUUCGGGACCGCGUUCAUUUUCACAUUAUCAGCUGAACGGGAACGUCUAGUCAGCCAUGAUACCUCCUUGGUGCUUUCCUUCUUUUGAAGCUCAUGGACAGAUAAAAGUAGGGAUGCCGAUCCUGAAAUAGAUCUUACAGAGACCGAUCUUUUUCGCCCAAGAAAAUCGAUUUCAUUGGAACUUGCGAUUCAACUAAUCGAUUAUUUUUUACGUAGAUCGAACGAAAAUUUCGACUAUCAUGUACACAGCCAACAUUCACAGAUCUUUUAUAAUUUAUGAUCGAGAAGUUGAAUAUGGUACAUACAUAGUGACCAAUUUGAUAGCGGACCACCAUCUUAGUUUUAUUUUAUAGAACGAUUUUCACGAAUUUUUUUUCUGAAAUGUAAAGGGGGGGGAGUGUAUUUUGGAGCCAAUCAGCGUCCAUUUUAAAAAAACCAAGGCCUACUAGAUACACUGCAUUCGGCGUCUUCUGAAAUAGAUCUUCACCAAGUUUCAUGAAGAAAUAUUCAUCAUUAACUUAUUUCAAACGGAUUAGCUUAGUCAUGCGGUAUUUACCAAAUUCUGACCGGUAUAAAAAUGAAACGGAGUAAUUUUCUUAUGAAAUCCUAUAAGACAUGUUUUUACAAGAAAAUUGACCUCAUAAUAUUGUUCUUUUUCGUUUUAAAAACAUCUGAACAGCAUUUUUGCAAACAUCCUGUUGGACAGCGUCGUGCUUUUUUAUUGAAAUAAAAUAGGGGUCGAAUUUUAUGAAAUCAUAUUACAGCGUAGAUUCGUUGAUGUUGAAUAUUUUUUUGCAUGAAACUUGGUUCAGAUCUAUUUCAGAGGACACCAAUUCCAGUAGUGUACGCGUUUUUUCAAAUCGCUAAUAUGGAUUCUGGAUUUUUUAGACUCUGAAAUUGAUCUAGUAGGCCUUGGUUUUUUUGAAAAAAUGGACGUUGCUUACCUCCAACACACUUCCCCCUUCAACAAUUUUUGAAAAAAUCGUGAAAAUGAAUAAAAAAAUGUUGAGGGUGUGGCCCGCUUUCAAAUAGGUUUCUCUGUAUAUUGAAGAAAAAUUGUGUCAAUAUGUUGAUCAACAGAAUUUAGAUCUCGAACUUUUUAUAUCUUUGUGACAGAAAAUAUAAUAAUUUUUUUCUGUGACGGGAAAAAAGUUUGGCAUUUCAUCUCUGUUGGCAGGUUAUAAAAUGUCACUUUUCAUAAAGUACUUUUUUCCCGUGGGAAAAAAGUGAGUACUUCUUUCCCGGAUGUAUAUCUAAUAUAUAUACACUGUUGAUGGUCUUUGUUGUUCUAUAGUUCCGAAAAAUGAGUCAAUAAUACCGUCUCCGAGAAAGAAGUACAAGUCCUUUUAUCUUCUAUUCGACUACGCGGUUACGUAUAUUACUAAACAACCACUAAAUUCGCAAUUUUUUGAAAUCAAAUCACAGAAUUAGACAGACAGAAGUGACAUCAGGUAUUUGAUGACUUCAAAAGAAUGAUGAAGAUGCCUACAACGCAUCAGGUGUCCUUACUGUUAAACACUUAAAAUUUUACGUCGACAAUUCUCUGAUUAUAAAAUAAUGUAAUAUUUUCUCAAUAUUGAUUCGUCCUUUCUUCUGUCACAGAAAAAAAUAGUGUAUUAUACACGGGAAAAAUAUUAGAUUUUAUCAGCUCACGGUUUUUUGUCUCCCUCCGCUACGCGUCGGGAGACAACACAACCUGGAGCUAAAAUCUACUACUUUUUUCCCUUGCAUAAUAAAUAACUAUUGCUCCUUAUGUUCCUUUGCUAUAUAUUGAGAAUUUUCUUUCAUAUUUCAUCAUUUUUCUUAAAAUUUUAUACCCUUUCGUUGUAUUCAUGAUAUUGCUCAACUUAUUUCGUAAUUAUAGGUACCUAAUCUGAAAGAAAGCUUUUUUUCAUGAAUUGGGCGCGGUUUGUGAAUCGAUUUUCAAGAAUCGUAUAUAAGUAGAUCUUAAUUAUACCGAUUUCUUAGGGAUCCGAUACGAAUCAAUUCAUAUAUGGAAAAUUUGGCAUCCCUAGAUGAAAGCAGUUUGUUAAAUCGUCCUGACUCACAUAAAAAACAUUUACCCAUGACUAUAGACUAGACUUUCCACCAUUCAACUGAUAAUAAUCAUUGGCUGUGGAAAAACAUUCCGCAUUUCUUCAUAACAAUUCCUUUGAUGAAUUCAAUGGUAAUAUUAGUUGUUUUUUCUUCUUAAUAUUUUUGGAUGUGGGAUAUAAGUUCGGGUAUAAAUGGUUAACUUUAUAUUGUACGCUUUGUUGAUAUUUUUCUAAUGGACUAACAUGUCGGUUUCUGAUGUUUCUCUAAAAUUAUGUUAGAGGUUUCCGUUGUUCAUUUUCCGAAAUCAGAUAGGAAUUUGAAUGAUCACUCUUCUCCGUCUUCGAAAUUAUUGUUUUAUAAACAAUUUUCAAAUUAUCCUUUGGUUUCGAAGAUACCUACUACAUAUUCUAGCUGAUGGGACAUACAUGAUGUAUCUUUUCAAACUGUUCAUUUCUCAGAAAUUGCAUUUUAAACAUUUCAUUUCUUUAGAGCCAAAAGGAUGAAUAGAAUAAUUCUUCUUAUAUCUUCUCAAAUCUCCUGGAUCUAGUAUUUUCAUUAUUUUCAUCAAUAAUGAUAUUGAGUGCCAAAGAGAACUAUAUGGAUUUAAAGCUUUUAUGUGUUAUUUAGAUAUUGGAGUAUCUUUAUAUGAAUAAACUCCCAAUUUUUCUACAAAUAUCACUCCUUUUGUACCCAAAAGGCUUCCUGAGUUCGACCAACGUACACCUUUUCACUAAAAAGAUUGAAUAUAGAUCCAAAAGACAAAAAAAUAAUGAAUGAGUUUCUGUUACAGAAAUUCUUGUUUUUCAACCCAAGUUAAUGUUCCAUAAGUAAUAAAAUAUGUGAACUAUGAACAUUCCAUGGGGAAGAAUCACCAUAUAAAACACUCAUCACAAAUCAACAGUAUUUUUUGUAGUAAUGAUAAACUGAAACUGUGAAGGAAACUGAAUUUUACCUAAUAAAUU